AUGGACGCGAUGCCUUCUGCUAACGGCGGGUCCUACACCGACGCUCCAGAUGUGGCGACGCCUCGGGAUCCGUUCUCCGGUCCGCUGGAGUCGGUCGCGCCCUGGAACUACACGUUUAUUGCGUGCAUGAUGUUUGCAGUGACUUCCCUCUCGCUGGCAGAAAACUCCACGGUUAUGCUAGUAACCUACAAAUUUAAACAGCUGAGACAGCCCCUGAAUUACAUUAUUGUCAACUUAUCUGUAGCUGACUUCAGCUUGUCGCUGGUUGGAGGCACAAUCAGUUUCCUGACCAACGCGCGAGGUUACUUCUUCCUGGGCAGGUGGGCGUGCGUCCUGGAGGGAUUCGCUGUGACUUUUUUCGGGAUUGUUGCUCUCUGGUCUUUGGCAAUCCUGGCUUUCGAGCGUUUCUUUGUGAUCUGUCGCCCUUUGGAAAAUGUCCGUUUGGGAGUCAAACACGCAGCACUGGGUCUUCUGUUCGUCUGGACGUUCUCCUUCAUCUGUACUAUUCCUCCAGUGCUUGGCUGGAACAAAUACACAGUUAGCAAGAUUGGCACUACUUGUGAACCCAACUGGUACUCAAGAGACUUCAAUGACCAUACUUACAUAAUCACCUUCUUUGUCACCUGCUUUAUCCUUCCACUUGGAGUAAUCAUUGUCUCCUAUGGCAAACUCAUGCAGAAACUCAGAAAGGUAUCCAACGCUCAUGGCAAACUAGGUAAUGCUCGGAAACCGGACAGGGCUGUGGCACGGAUGGUCAUCGUAAUGAUAAUUGCCUAUAUGGUAGCCUGGACACCUUAUGCAGCGUUCUCUAUCAUCGUCACAGCCUAUCCAACGAUUAAUAUUGACCCUCGCCUUGCAGCAGCACCAGCCUUCUUCGCAAAGACUGCAGCUGUGUACAAUCCUGUCAUUUACGUGUUUAUGAACAAGCAGUUCAGAAAGUGCCUGAUUCAGAUGUUUAAAGGCAAUGGCACCAACAUUGAUUCAUCCCAUUUGAACCCGACCUCAGACAAAGGGCCAAUCACACGAACGGAAAGUCACUUGGGAGAGAUGUCCUCUAUUGCUGCCCGUGUGCCCAUGACCGUGUGCAACUUGGAGAAGACUGAUGAGGAUGAUGAGGAAGAAGAGCAGAACCAGAAUGAAAAUGGAGGCUCCAUGCAACUUCCUCUAUCAGAAAGCAGAGUGUGUCCUCUAUAGGGCAGCUCUGCCCUAGUGAAAUGACCUAUAACCUAUUGCCUAUCAGGUCAAGCAGCUCGGAAAACAGCACAGCUGAGCCAUGCAUAUAGAGGAUGUAGAUGAGUCUACAUUAUAUAUUGUGUUAAUCUUUACGGCUGCAUUUUCCUUUGUGAUGUGUACUUCUGAAGAAUAUCGAAGACUUUGUGCUCACUUGCCAGUCUCACACAGUGUUUGUUGCAGAUGUGUUGUGAAACUUGAACAAAAAUUAACUAAAUGUAUGCAUUCUCGCUCGAGUUGUCUUUAGUUUAUUCACUUUUAAAUGGUUUCUGGUAAGUCUUAUGGCAUAAUUGUGAUAUUAAGUUAGUCAUAGCAUUUCUUACAAAAAAUGAAAUCACAUGUACUUUGCCACUGUAAU